CAUACUCAAUUUUAUACACCCUUUUUCAGUUGUAUAUAUUAUAGUAGCUUGGUGAAACACUGUAACUUAGGAAAAUGGUCCAACAGUAUCAAUCACCAGUUCGUGUUUAUAAACACCCAUUUGAAAUGGUUAUGGCGGCAUAUGAGAAGCGUUUUCCAACUUGUGAUAUGAUCCCAGUUUUUGUUGGAUGCGAAAUUUUAUCUGACGUUGAGAAUCCAGAUAAAUCAACGCAUGUAGUUGAACGAAGAUGUAAAUUAAAUAUUGAUGCGCCAAGGUUUCUUAAACGGAUGGUGGGGUUUGAAUACAUCUACUUUGUACAGAAGAACGCGCUGAACAGAAAAGAACGCUCGUUAAAAAUAUCCGCUUACAACGAGAGCUUUUCAAGCAGAGUGAUUGUGAAUGAAACUUGUCAAUACACAGUGCAUCCUGACAAUCCAAAUUGGACUUGCUUCGAACAAUCGGCCACGAUGGAAAUUAAAUCCUUUUUUGGUUUUGAAUCCUCAGUUGAAAAACUUGCAAUGAAGCAAUAUGCUGCUAAUAUUAAAAAGGGAAAAGAAAUUAUCGAAUAUUAUUUGAACGAAAUUCAAGCUGAAGGGGUGACCUAUAUACCAACUUGGGCAGAGGAAAAUCCCCAUUUGGUUAAAUCGCCAACUGUAGGAAAUAGUUCCGCUUCAUCAAACACUUUACAGGAAGAUUUGACUGAGCUGAACGAUGGAAGUCGUUGUUCCUCGUUUUCUUCUGUGUGCGAUGAGCCACCAAGUGACAGGAAUAAAAAAGGCACUGCCAACCUUGAAGAAGAAUACAUUGAACAUAACUUGGGCGUUUUGCAGCCAUUGGAAGAAAGCAAACUAAUCCAACUUAGAAAAUGGUUGGCAGAUACACAUAACGGCAAGAUACCAAGAGAUGAACACAUCCUAAGAUUUCUUCGUUCAAGAGAUUUUCAUUUCGAAAAGUCCAAAGAAAUUCUUUGCCAGUCUCUUUCAUGGAGAAAACAACAUCAGGUGGAUAAAAUCCUCACGAAUUGGAGCCCACCACCAUUAUUUGAGGAAUAUUACAUUGGAGGAUGGCAUUACCAUGCAAUAGAUUCUCGGCCAAUUUACGUGCUACGUUUGGGGCAAAUGGACACUAAAGGUUUGUUAAAAGCUGCAGGGGAAGAACAAAUACUAAAACAUGUCUUAUACAUAAUGGAACAAGGGUUGCUGAAAUGUCGAGAAGCGUCUAUACAGAAAAACAAGCCUAUGAGUUCUUGGACAUGCAUCGUCGAUUUAGAAGGUUUAAAUAUGAGACAUCUAUGGAGACCUGGUGUGCAGGCCCUGCUUCGUAUUAUUGAAGUUAUCGAAGCUAAUUAUCCGGAAACAAUGUCAAGGUUGUUGAUCGUCAGGUCGCCGAGGGUGUUCCCCGUUUUAUGGACGCUUAUCAGUCCUUUUAUUGAUGAGAAAACCAGUUCAAAGUUCAUGAUGUACACGGGCACGGAUUACAUGGGUGCUGGGGGGUUGGUCGAUUAUAUACCACAAGAAUUUAUCCCGGAGUUUCUUGGCGGACCAUGCAAGUGUGAAAUUCCUGAUGGCGGUCCCGUGCCUAAGUCACUUUAUAAGACAGAGUGGGAAAAAGGAGACGGUAUUGCUUUGUGGGAAGACACCAUUUAUAAAUCGGCUAAUGUACUAAAGGGAGCACCUCAUGAGGUAGUAGUGGAGGUGCCAGAAAGAGAUGGAGUUAUUACUUGGGAUUUUGAUUCCUUGAAAGGAGAUGUUAUUUUCACACUGUUUCAUUCAAACAGUCAGCUUGGUCCCAUACAAGAAGACACUGUUCAAUGCACCGGUAUUUCUAACAGCACAUCGGCAAGUAACCCACAAGCCCCGUUUAAUACACAGGUGAUAGGAAAACACAUGACAUUGGGCAAAGAUUACACACUUGUUGAAUCCGGCAUCGUAUGCAGAGAAGGAGAGAGUGUACAGGGAUCCCACAUAGCAAGGAAAGCUGGUUCCUAUGUAAUGCAAUGGAAGUUUCAUGGCAAUCCACCUCAAUCCACUUCCGUUCAAGAUGUCUUGUACCAAGUCACUCACAAUCCAAAGUCCAAGGUUAUUUACUACCAUGAGCUUUUGCCCUCUGAAAACUUUAGAGGCUCAAUGUCAAGUUUGGAAUCUUGUCAAAGUGCUUUCUCCGCACUUUCCCACGUCACAGGUUCCAGUCUGACGUGAUGAUGACGUCAUCAAAGUAUUUGCUGCUUGCAGAGAUGUAAAAAAUGACAUCAUUCCAUUAGAUGCCUCACUCAAAAUACAGCCAACCCCGCUGAAUCGGACCAGACCGGGACCAAGCCAAACUGCUCCGAUUCAGCGGGGUAGGCUUAGUUGUUUUUAUGCAAUUAAUAUACCAGUGUUCACGUCAUACUGCCAAGUGUUUCGUCACAGGCAUUGCUUUUUUAGAAGCUUAAUAUCGAAAUUACGAUGUAACAAUUAAUCAAUUGUGACGUACCCAAGAGUUUUUGUGCCGCACACGUUUGUAAGGUUUCAAUUUUAUUAUCGGUUUGAGAGUUUUCUCAGUUUUAAGGUUGCUUGCUUGGUGUUUAAUAAACUUUCAAAGAUUAACAUUAUAAA